AUGCAUAUUUGGUACUGGGAGGAACUGAAGAUUCGAAAAAAUGUACCUGGGGAUAUCAGCGUACUGCCGAUAGACAAGAGAUUUUCCGGCCCGAACGUCUUUGACAAGGUCCUCUACCGCGGUGGACUGGUGGCUAGGGCCUCGACACGUAUUGGCGUGGGGGUUGUCAUGGAGGGUGAAGAAAUCAGGUUAAGUAUGCGAGCUCGAGGCAUGGAACUUUGGGCUACGAACCACUAUGGGCUUAUGACUGACCUGGAGGUUAUUGAAGUGGUGGAAGUUAAACGAAUAGAAGAAGGACUGAAUAGUUAAUUCUGAUCCUUGUGGUUAACUAACAUCCACCAGCCAUCAAGAGACACAAGGCUUCGGCGAGACUACAGCCGUACCCUGUUAUAUGUAUUAUUACCAGUAUGUGUAUAAGAAAAAUACUACCACAUCGACGACUUUGAUUGUUUUUCAUUCUCAUUUUUUGAUAGUAGGUACAAUGGAAUGUCCGUUUAAAGGUCGAAAUUGGUAGGCUCGGCCCGGCGAACGCCCCACAGCGAGACCCAAGGUUCCAGCGCAGCGGAAAGGCCUUCGUCGCCAGGGCUAUCAUCGCUCUUUCCUCCAUUAUACAUGCUCUUCUACCUAUAUAAGGCCUGCAUCCUGCAUCGACGAAACAAACAGUUUAGCUUAACUAGUUGACUCAAUGGUUUAUAGUUAUGUACGUCUUCUCGCCAAGGUUCGGGGCAGCCGUCGCUUGUCCUUCCUUCGAUCUAUGAAGGACUAGCAAGCUAUACGCGGUUUUACUACAUGCGCUCGUUUUAUCUCGGGAUGACCGAGUGCAAUUAAAUCGAGGCGACGAUGCGGUCUCGUUCGUCAGCUUGCAUGCAGAGCCUGGCUUCCAUUAAGGGUUGCAAAUAACUAGUUAUCCUGGCCACAAACCCAAGGUGCGUGAAAACAGUGCCUAUUUCCUCGUUCUUGUUUAUUAUUAUUUCUGCUUCUGUCACUCGACACUUGUGGUUAAUGGAAAUAGGUGAAACAGAAUGAGGGGAUCUGCUGUCGAAGAAUAUGCAUCCGUAGGGCGGGAAACGCGUUUGUUUAACCAUGAACCGUAGCCAGAUCAAUAAUCAAACUUGGAGAUCACUCGUCUCGGCCAAUGUUUAACACUGGGAUAUUCUCUCUUACUAGAUUUGAAAUACAGACAUGUCUGCAUGAAGGUAUAUACUGAAACGCUGCUAUCCUUGGAAGUUUGAUUUCCUGUAACUUGGAAGGCCGUUAUUUUGCAGGGGGGAAUCACGGCCAACGGGAAACCAAGUGUGCCGCAGUGAAUGGUUAAGGCAUAUAUUUGCAAUGGCUGUACGGAGCAGCAGUCCAUUAGGAAGGAGGUUUACCACUAGCACUACACAAGCACUGUGAGGGAAAGUGUGUCUAACGAAGCAAUAGGGUAUAGGUAUCAUUCCAAUCGGAGAGUCAUCCGGCUGUGUCUACCGUUGUGUGAAGCUCCACUCCACAGAUAAUGGGGUCCCUGCCUAUCUAGCAGCAACGGCAUUUGGGGAUCCUUCAAUGGAAACGAGAAAAGGGUACGAUGAGUGCUUUGGUGGGAAGGAAAGGGGCGUUGCUCGUAUUGAUUGAUCAACAGCCUCAGCUCGUUGCAGGAAGAUGGUAAAGCAACAUUUACGUGGGUCGAAUGGCUAGCCGCGCAAUUCGGGCUCAACAGAGGCAAACACUCCGAGCAGCAUUCUAGAUUUACAGAAGCUGGACGGCUUACCGGGGUGGAGGAGGUCAUGUGUCUCAGGAUAUCUUGUCCAUAAUCCUCCACGUAUUCCUAAAGGCUACUCCGUAGGCUGACACUGACCGUGCAAGCCGUGAAGGACAGGUAUAUCUCGAUCCAGAACCAGGUAAUAUCAAAGAAGGAAGAAAGGAUGUCUGUGCCUCCAACGCCCGAGACUCCCUGAAGAUUGGAAAGGAGCCUGGGUUUCCUCGGGGUUCACCAACAUUUACCUCAUCACCAACACAUAUUGCAUAUAACUACCCUGGGAUAUAAUGGGGGCGUGAUAUCACACUGGUUGUUGGCAGAAUCGUCCACCUUGCUAGGGGGCUGUUCAGGGGUCGCAUUCUCGCAGCUCGAUCGGCCCCAACCUGCAAGUUCGAUAUUUUAGCCUUAGAUGGGAGGACAGCGAGAUUUCAUUAUGUGGUAUGCGCAGGCCCAUGUCGAGCUCCCGACAGUCUGUCUUUUCGGAUGCGCCCCUUUUUCCGGGUGACCAAUAACGGAGAAUAUACGCUGACUCGUGAGAUGCAGAGAAUAUGCAAGGGUCUUUUCAACCAAUAUUGUCGGCGACGUCUUCAAUAAUGGCUUGCAACCCCCUCCUUUUAAUCUUACCUGCAUUGCAUGGAUCUAUUUCCUUCUAGAAAGAUCAUGUAUUAUAACUCACAUCAUGUUAUUUGGUCGAUGUCCCCCCUCCCCUUGCGGCACGUCAGUCCUUGGUUUCAAACGCUGUCAGUCCUGCCUGCCCUGCAAACUAUCCUGGCCUCGAAAAAGAGACUAACAACGACUGAUGACGACACCAAACUACGACGACUACUCUUGGGGGAGGAAAAAUAUACUGUCAGCUGAGAAGAACAUGUCUGCCCCUGAAUCGUUUGAUGAUGGGCUCCGCACAGUUUCUCCAUGUCCACCAACGGAGAACGUCGAUAUUGACAGGCCCUUUUCGUCUUGCAAGAUAAAGGGAAAGAAACUGCAAGACAAAAAGAGAUCGAAAGGAAGGAGAAGGAGAAGAAGGAGAAGAAGA